UUUGGAUGGAAGAUUUGACUUCUUAUGCCUACUCUUCACCGUGGUUGGCGGUUUUUUCCUCCGGACUAUCAUAUAAAUAGAUUAAGCUCCAAACAUUCUUUGUUUCUCUAUCAAUUCUCUCUCUCCUAAAAAAUUCCGAGAAUUUCUGAGAUUCAGAUCUAAGUUCUCUUUCCUAAGUUUCCUUCACCUUCGAUUUUUCCACAUUUGGAAGGAGCUGAGAAUCUGAGAUAUGGCGACGGUGUCCCCUCUCUCCAAAUACAAGCUGGUUUUCUUGGGCGAUCAAUCCGUUGGCAAAACCAGCAUUAUCACCCGCUUCAUGUACGACAAAUUCGAUACCACCUACCAGGCUACCAUUGGAAUUGAUUUUUUGUCAAAAACGAUGUAUCUUGCAGAUCGGACAGUUCGUUUGCAGCUUUGGGACACUGCCGGACAAGAAAGAUUUAGGAGUCUUAUUCCAAGCUACAUCAGAGAUUCGUCUGUUGCGGUAGUUGUCUAUGAUGUAGCAAAUAGGCAAUCAUUCCUGAGUACUAAUAAGUGGAUUGAAGAGGUACGUACCGAACGGGGAAGUGAUGUCAUCAUCGUCCUUGUCGGUAACAAAACCGAUCUUGUUGAUAAAAGGCAAGUUUCUAUAGAUGAAGGAGAUGCCAAGUCUCGUGAGUUUGGAGUCAUGUUUAUAGAAAGCAGCGCAAAAGCAGGAUUCAACAUCAAGCCUCUCUUUCGUAAGAUUGCUGCUGCCUUGCCAGGGAUGGAAACCCUUUCUUCCGCCAAACAGGAAGACAUGGUCGACGUAAAUCUGAAGCCCACCGUUAAUUCAUCCCACACACAACAGAAAGAAGGAGGUUGCUCGUGCUAGGGGAAUGUAUGUGUUUCAGAAGAUAGAGAGAUUCAUAGGACAUAAAAACUCUACAACUUGAACGACAUAUCCGUCAAGAUAAAGUUGCAGCAGAUCUGAUGCUUUGCAUUCGACAUACCAUAAGGUUGUUUCUUAGGUGCUCCCGGGAACAAAAGAAGAAAUGACUCCGUACUAACUUACUAAGAUCGAGCAUUUUGGAAUCUUUAUUACCAUUACCGUUUCAUUGUUUUCUUUAUACUUAUCAUGAAGUUUUUUUCAAAUGUUGUUGGUGUCUGUACUGUACACUGUUCAGAAUUUCAUUUAUUACAGUUUGUUUUAUUUUCGGGUUGUGCUACAACGCCGCCUGCUUGUUACCGCUCCCUUAUACCGCUUGACGUGGCUUCGCCACAUGGCAGCCAUGUAUUUAUAUUAAAAAUAAAAAAAACCGAUUCUCAUC